AUGGGCAUCGUGUCCUUCAUAACGGGCAUCGUCGCUCCACUAUUUAUCAUAAUUUCUCCCAUCACUUCCUAUGCCGACCAGACGUAUGCAAUACAUCGGGCGAAGUCCAGCGCGGGCUUCUCGCUGGACAUCCCAUUGAUUAUGCUGGUUGCAUCGAUAUUAAGAGUAUUUUAUUACCCAGGGGCGAAAUUCGACACCUCUCUUCUCAUACAGUCCUUCAUCAUGAUUGCCAUUCAACUAGUAUUACUGAAGGUUGCGCUGGACCACCGACCAGGGCCGUCGUCAAAAGGGGGAGACGCAGCUACACCAUUUGCUGGUAGCAGGGAAGGGGAACUCGGAGUCUCAAGGCCCUACAAUUUCUGGCAAUGGCGGUCGCCGAAACCAUAUUGGCAAUUCCUCCUCUACCUCUUCAUCUCCCUUAUAGCUUGCGAACUCGUCCUCUCCCCAAUGCCGUCCCUCUACGCCUUCUACUCCGCCGCAAUCGGCUACAUCGGACUAUCCGUGGAAGCUACGCUCCCUCUUCCACAAAUCAUCUCCAACUACAAGUCGCGCUCCUGCAAGGGUUUCCGGAUCAGCGUGCUGGUGAGCUGGUUGGCGGGUGACUUUAUGAAGAUGUUCUGGUUCUUUACGGCGACCAGUGAGAUCCCCUGGGCUUUCAAGCUGUGUGGUAUCUUCCAGAUGUGCUGUGAUUCGUUUCUGGGCGUGCAGUACUGGGUAUAUGGGGAUGGGGAUUCUUCCACGAUCAAAGAACAUGGGCAUGGCAUCAAUAGGGCGAGAACGCCGAUGGGGGAAAAGGAUGUGCGAUUAGGUGAUUAG